AUAUCCAAAGGCAAUUUUGGCAUGAUGUCGCACUCAUAAAUCAUAAGACUAAAGAUUUUAACCUUUUAUUUUUCAUCAACAAUUAACUAUAUUAACUGAACUCCCGCACCUUGUUCAACUUACUGUUUCUGAUCUUGGAUUUUUACUUUGUUGCUCAGUUCUUAUGGUUUUCUUCUGAAAUCUUCAGCACCAACUUCUUGCAUGGCCAGUAUUCUAGGUCCUUCUUUAAGCAUAGUCAGGGCCUAUGCAUUAAGAAAUGAGCCACUAGUUGUCUCUAAAAUCACUGCAGUAGGAGAAAACUCUCAUUCACCACUAUGGUUUUCAUGCACUCGCGCUAGAAAAUCUGCUAGAAACCAUUUUCAGCUCAAAUCCUCAAAUGGGCUUCCACUGAAUGCUGUUUCUUCAAAUGAUGGUUUAGCUGGAACUUCGUUGGCUAAAGAAGAUAGCCAGCUCCAACCACUUCAUGGACUCUUUCCAUUGUCAGACUCAGAAUGUACAGGAUCCAAUCUUAGUAUAACAGUUGUUGGAGCUUCUGGAGACCUUGCCAAAAAGAAGAUUUUUCCAGCACUCUUUGCACUCUUUUAUGAAGAUUGGCUACCUGAGAAUUUUAUUGUUUUUGGAUUUGCUCGGACUAAAAUGACCAAUGAAGAAUUAAGGAACAUGAUUAGCAAAACCUUAACAUGCAGAAUUGACAAAAGAGAAAAUUGCGAAGACAAAAUGGAUCAGUUCUUAAAAAGAUGCUUUUACCAUUCUGGUCAAUAUAAUUCUGAGGAGCACUUUUCAGAAUUGGAUAUCAAGCUGAAAGAGAAAGAGGGUGGAAAAUUAUCAAACAGAUUGUUUUAUUUGUCAAUACCUCCAAACAUAUUUGUGGAUGUGGUGAGAUGUGCUAGCCAAAAGGCUUCUUCCAGAGAUGGAUGGACAAGGGUUAUUGUUGAAAAGCCAUUUGGUCGUGACUCGGAAUCAUCUAGUGAGCUAACAAAAUGCUUGAAGCAGUACCUCACUGAAGACCAAAUAUUCAGGAUUGACCAUUACUUGGGUAAGGAGCUUGUGGAGAAUCUAUCAGUGCUUCGCUUUUCAAAUCUUGUUUUUGAGCCUCUAUGGUCCCGGAAUUACAUUCGCAAUGUGCAGAUCAUAUUUUCUGAAGAUUUUGGAACUGAAGGAAGAGGAGGUUAUUUUGAUCACUACGGAAUCAUUCGGGAUAUAAUGCAAAAUCAUCUUCUGCAAAUACUAGCUUUGUUUGCAAUGGAAACACCAGUCAGCUUAGCUGCUGAGGACAUCAGAAAUGAAAAGGUGAAGGUUCUGAGAUCAAUGAGACCACUGCAGCUUGAAAAUGUUGUUGUUGGUCAAUACAAGGGCCACAACAAGGGUGGAAAAUCAUAUCCUGCUUAUACGGAUGAUGCAACUGUUCCAAAGGGUAGUCUUACUCCAACAUUUGCAGCAGCAGCUCUUUUUAUAGACAAUGCCAGAUGGGAUGGAGUUCCUUUUCUCAUGAAAGCUGGCAAGGCUCUCCAUACUAAACGUGCAGAAAUCAGAGUACAAUUCAGACACGUCCCAGGUAACUUGUACAAGAGGAAUUUUGGAACUGAUCUAGACAAGGCUACGAAUGAGCUUGUGCUUCGUGUACAACCUGAUGAAGCUAUAUAUUUGAAAAUCAACAAUAAAGUGCCAGGUCUGGGAAUGAGAUUAGACAGAAGUGACUUGAAUUUGCUUUUCCGAGCAAGAUAUCCAAGUGAAAUACCAGAUGCAUAUGAGAGGUUACUCCUAGAUGCCAUUGAAGGAGAGCGAAGGCUGUUCAUUAGAAGUGAUGAGCUUGAUGCAGCUUGGUCACUGUUCACUCCUUUGCUAAAAGAACUUGAAAACAAGAAGAUUGCUCCAGAGCUCUACCCCUAUGGUAGCAGAGGACCGGUUGGAGCACAUUACCUUGCUGCAAGGCACAAUGUUAGAUGGGGAGAUCUUGGUAAUGAAGACUGAUAAAUGGCAGAGCUCUCCCAUGAUCAAAAACAUUCAUUAUCAAUACCUUUUCCAUCACAUUAUAGGACAGCUACACAGCUUGUCUCACUGAUUGAACUUAUAUAGUUGCAUCAAGUUCAUACAAAAACCAAGUUCCCCUGAUGUAGUUUACGGAAAGACUCGGGUAUCAAAUCCAAAGAGAUGGGAUGAAAUUUUAAACGAA